AAAUGAUGCGCGUAAAGAGUAGUGCCACGGCCGCCGAGUGCUGAGCCGCUACCGUUAAUUGAGUUACUAUAAAAUUAUAUAAAAAAGCGCUUUGGCUUUUGCAGCUUUAUUUUUGAACGUCAGCAGAUUAACGGCUGAGGGUUUCAUCAAUCCACUGCUUUACUGAGGAAGAGUGUUUCAAGAUGAACAGCACUGGCUCAUCAUACCCCCUUGCCUCGCUGUAUGUGGGGGACCUUCAUCCUGAUGUCACAGAGGCCAUGCUCUACCAGAAGUUCUCCCCAGCAGGUCCCAUAAUGUCCAUCCGUGUCUGUCGGGACAUUAUCACCCGACGGUCCCUCGGAUACGCCUAUAUCAACUUUCAUCAGCCUGCUGACGCGGAGUGUGCUUUGGACACAAUGAACUACGAGGUCAUCAAAGGUCGACCUAUUAGGAUUAUGUGGUCCCAGCGUGAUCCUAGACUGCGCAAGUCUGGUGUUGGAAACAUCUUUAUUAAGAACAUGGAUGAGUCAAUUGAUAACAAGGCGUUAUUUGAUACCUUUUCUGCUUUUGGAAACAUCCUUUCUUGCAAGGUUGUGUGUGAUGAGAAUGGCUCUAAAGGAUAUGGCUUUGUUCAUUUUGAGACCCAAGAAGCAGCCAAUCGUGCCAUCGAAACCAUGAAUGGAAUGUUGCUCAAUGAUCGGAAAGUCUUAGAGAGAGAUAGACAGUUGACAUCAGGGAAAACAGAACCAGUUUCAUGUUCCCUGGGAAAAAAUGUUUUGAUGUCCACAUUUGGUUUUGUGGGCCACUUCAAGUCCCGAAAAGAUCGGGAGGCGGAGUUUGGGGCUAAGGCCAUGGAGUUCACCAACGUCUAUGUCAAGAACUUUGGGGAAGAUGUGGAUGAUGAGAAGCUGAAGGAAGUGUUCUCUGAAUACGGUAGGACCCUCAGCGUGCGUGUGAUGAUGGAUGAACGGGGUCGGUCUCGUGGAUUUGGCUUUGUGAACUUUGAGAGUCACGAGGAUGCUCAAAAGGCGGUGGAGCAGAUGAAUGGGAAGGAGCUGAGUGGGAGAGUUAUUUAUGUGGGACGAGCCCAGAAGAGGCUGGAACGACAGGGAGAGCUAAAGCGGAAGUUUGAACAGAUGAAACAAGAACGACUUCAUCGUUAUCAGGGUGUCAAUCUGUAUGUCAAGAAUCUGGAUGACAGCAUAGAUGACGAGAGGCUGCGGAAGGAGUUUGCCCCUUAUGGCACCAUCACAAGUGCUAAAGUGAUGAUGGAUGGGGGACACAGCAAAGGCUUUGGCUUCGUGUGCUUCUCGUCCCCUGAGGAGGCCACCAAAGCAGUGACUGAGAUGAACGGCCGCAUUGUCAGCACGAAGCCGCUGUACGUGGCUUUGGCUCAGAGAAAAGAAGAGCGGAAGGCUAUCCUCACCAACCAGUACCUGCAGCGGCUUGCGAGUGUGAGGGCCAUGCCUGGCCCCGUUGGCUCCUACCAGCAGUCUUCUGGAUACUAUGUUUCUGCUAUGCCACAGCCUCAAAGCCGUUCUUUCUAUGCGCCCAACACCAUGAGCCCAAUCCGUGCAGCUCCCCGCUGGGCUGCCCAGCCUCCAAGGCCCCAAGACCCGUAUCUGCCGCAGUUUGUCAGGACUGCCCCUCCUCGUCGAGCUUCUACUCCUAUUAGCACAGUAAAACAGGCCUCAACUCAGGUACCACGAGGCAUAAGCCACUCGCAGAGAGUUGUUAUUGUAAUCCCCUUUAACUAUGAUUUUGAUAAUGGGCAAUUGGCCUCUGUAGCCAACAUUGGCACACAAACUGUUGGGGGCCGUACCUCGAUGUCCGCUGCAGCUGUGCGUGGUGUGAGCCAGUACAAGUAUUCUUCAGGGGUCCGUAACAUGCAGCAGGUCAUAGCCAUGCCAGGCCAGACAACUAUACAACAGGUGGUGGAGCCAGCAGUCCACGUUCAUGGACAGGAGCCCCUCACUGCUUCCAUGCUGGCUGCUGCACCCUUGAUGGAGCAGAAGCAGCUGUUAGGUGAGCGACUGUACCCCCUGAUCCAGGCUCUGCACCCCUCGCUGGCUGGCAAGAUAACAGGCAUGUUGCUGGAGAUUGACAACUCUGAGCUGCUGCACAUGCUUGAGUCCCCGGAAUCCCUUCAUUCAAAGGUGGAUGAAGCAGUGGCUGUUCUCCAAGCUCACCAGGCGAAGGAAAUCUCCCCAAAUAAGUAAUGUGCACUUUGGAUAAACCACAUGAAUGACCAACAUGGAAAAUGAUCAUUGCAGUGUUUUGAUGGAAAUUGCAACGUGGAAGCUUUCCUGAAAGUUUAGAUUUAGGGGGAAUUUGAAGAAAUUUGUAAACACAUUCAUUGCCAGUUCAUUGGGCAAAUGAUGAGAAAUGACUUUAGAAUGUAGUUGAAAAGCCAGCAUACUGUUUGCAGAAAGUGGUUUUGUUUACUUUUGUUUAAAUUGGGGAAUUGAAUUUUCUGUGCAUUAAAAAAAAAUUAAAUGGA